AUGGCAUCGACAUUAGAGCAUCUUACUCCUAAAAUACCUGCAGCAUCAAUGGACCACAGAGAAGCUCUUCAAAUCACAGGAGAAAGGCGAGUCGAAAAUAAUGAGCACUCAGAUCUCAAAGCUAAAGAAGAUGGCAUAGCAUUCUGGACGAAGCACACCAAACCGGUUCUGGCAUCCCUUCUCAAAUCAGUCGGAGACUACACUCCCGAACAGCAAGAUGCUCAUCUCGAGUUCCUUGACAACUAUAUCAUCCCGACCAUGGGGCAUGCGCCUGAAAAGGACCGCGCAAGAUCACUUCUGACCCCAAAUGGCUCACCAUUCGAAACCAGUCUCAACAAUAGUGACAGCGGCAAGUCAUACGUCCGUUUCUGCUACGAACCAGUGUUUCCAGGCUCAGAUGGCGUCACUGAAGAUCCCAUUCCAAUAAUCGCCGACAAGACUGGUGCUGAUCUCCGUUGGUUCAAUCAGUUUGCCGCAGAAUUCUAUCCAUCCGGGGAAGAUGCUGUGAUUUUAGCGGAGAAGAUGCCAAAGGACACUAUUCGUAUACCUAAAGUGUUUCUAGCCUUUGAUCUCAAGGAGGACAACCAGACUAUGAAGGCGUAUUUCUACCCUGUUAUCAAGUGGAUGACAGCAAAGCAAAACUCGGAUAGAGCUGGGUUUGACCUCAUCCGACGACUUGAUCCCCUUGGUCCAUCGUUCGGGCCAGCUAUCGACAUGAUCGAGAAGUACCAGACCAAGUUGUACCAAGAUCCACCGCUCACUGUGGUUAUCGGUAUUGACUGCAUAAGUCCCGAAGAAGGUGCUCGAGUCAAGAUCUACAUCGAACCCCAAUCCAACACCUGGGAAGCAGUUGUACAGCACGUCACCUUGGGAGGCCAAGUCACAGACAAAACAACAAUGGAAGGUCUAGCGGUUCUUCGCGAUAUGUGGCAUAUACUCAUAAACGAGCCAGAAGAUAAAGAAUUUGAUGAGAAGUUCUCAAAGAAAAUAUUAGAAGACAAACCUGACGUUAGCGGAGCGUGCUUCAGCUGGGAACUCAAGCCUGGCCAGGACGUCCCUGAGGUCAAGAUUUAUGUCCCUUUGAAUCAAUAUUUCAAGAACGACAAGGAUGCUGCAGAAGCCAUGGAGAAGGUCUUUCGGAAGAGAGGGUGGACUUGGGGCAUAGAGGGCACAUAUAAGAAGAUUGUGUCGGAUGCAUAG